GCUCACUGGUUUCUAGACGCUGUUCGUGACAGGUGACUUAGGGCUCUAACAUGGCCCGUGCUGCCGUCCUUAUCCUACCGCUCCUUGCGGCUCUCUCCACCGCCGAACCCACCGUCUACUUCAAGGAGGAGUUUAAUGAUGGAGAUGGGUGGACGCAGCGCUGGGUGGAAUCGAAACAUAAAACUGACUAUGGAAAGUUCAAGGUGACUGCCGGGAAGUUCUAUGGCGAUGCAGAGAAAGACAAAGGUCUCCAAACGAGCCAGGACGCCCGCUUCUACGCCCAGUCUGCCGGCUUCGACUCCUUCUCCAAUAAAGACAAGACGCUGGUGGUGCAGUUCAGCGUGAAGCACGAGCAGAACAUCGACUGCGGAGGGGGAUACGUCAAGCUCUUCCCCUCCAGUCUGGACCAGAAAGAAAUGCAUGGAGACUCCGAGUACAACAUCAUGUUUGGUCCUGAUAUCUGUGGUCCUCCUACUAAGAAGGUACAUGUGAUCUUCAACUACAAGGGCAAGAACCUCCAGAUUAACAAAGACAUCCGUUGUAAGGAUGAUGUAUACACCCACCUGUACACUCUGAUUGUGAGGCCAGACAAUACCUACGAAGUCAAGAUCGACAACAGCAAGGUGGAGUCUGGAAGCCUGGAAGACGACUGGGACUUCCUGCCACCCAAGAAAAUCAAAGAUCCCGAGGCAAAGAAGCCAGACGACUGGGACGAGCGCCCAAAGAUCGACGACCCAGAGGACAAGAAGCCAGACGACUGGGACAAAGCCGAGCACAUCCCCGACCCUGAUGCUGUGAAGCCAGAAGACUGGGACGAGGAGAUGGAUGGAGAGUGGGAGCCACCUGUGAUCCAGAACCCGGAAUACAAGGGAGACUGGAAACCUCGUCAGAUCGACAACCCAGACUACAAAGGAAAGUGGGUGCACCCAGAGAUCGAUAACCCCGAAUACACCCCGGAUCCCACCAUCUACCAGUACGACAGCUUCGCGUACGUUGGCCUCGACUUAUGGCAGGUGAAAUCCGGCACCAUUUUUGACAACUUCCUGCUGACCGAUGACGAGAAAUACGCCGAGGAGUACGGCAACGAGACCUGGGGUGUCACGAAGGAAGCAGAAAAGAAAAUGAAGGAGCAACAGGAUGAGGAGGAGCGCAAGAAACACGAGGAGGAAGAGAAGAAAAGGAAGGAGGAAGAGCCCCAGGAGGAGGAGCCAGAGGAGGAAGAGGAGGAUGAAGAUGAGGCAGAGGAGAAAGAUAAAGAGGAGGAUGAGGAAGAGGAUGAUGAUGACGCCGCCUCACCAAAAGACGAGCUUUAAACGAUGGCGGCUUUCUGCUGCCCCUCCCUACCUGGCGCUCUCCCCUUCCCUGGGCUUUCAUGUCUUAGAUAGGAGAGGGGAAAUGGGAUCGUUCUGUCUCUAUGAGACUCUAAAUUUAUAUAUAUUUUUUACAGUUUUUGUUUUAACCCUUAAGAGGAAGACGUUGGUCUUCCCUGCCCUCCCCAUCUCCUCUCUCCUCGGCUUCCUGUUUCAGUCUCGUAUUCUCCGAACAUCCCUCCAAACUCUCCCCGUCUUCACGCACCUUGCCUCUUAGAGUAGGCUUUAGCCGAUGACCACCUCCUUGGUCUGUGGCUCUUGGCUGUACUCCCAGAAUCCUCUGCGAGCCUGUGCAGGAGGAUCAUGGGAGAUCUCAGAGGUUAUAAGCCGCAGGCUCCCUACUCGAUUGCAGUAACUAUUCCGACUGGCGGGACGCGCUGCCCACUGCGAUAGCUUCUGGGGCAAGAACGGACCGCUCUGGAUCCAAAAACUACUUUUAUUAGUAUAUUAAAAUUCUCUAAAACCACUUCAUUCACAGUUUAACCCUUAUUCUUAUCACUUGUGUUCUAAGGGUUAAAAUGUGGUUUUGCUGGCAUCACUCGCCAAACUGUGUGACACUUACAUCAACCCAAACGCUUAAGACUCGUGGGUCUUCCCAAAAAUGCAGUAUCAAAAAGUGAGAAAACAGUGUUCGGCCCCUUUUCACAUGAAUGUAACCAGUUAAAUACCCCCCGCGGGUUCGGUGUUUUAAAAUUGCAGGUUCAGGGCGCUGAAUAGCCGGGACGUGCGGAUGGGUCAUCACCUUAAACACCGCGCUGCACUUUAAUUAUGGGCUUAGAUAGUAAGUGUGGACCACUAGUGUCCCCAAAGCUUAAGGGGGGAAUCUGGAGUAUUGAGAUUAUGCUGUAAGAAAAGUACCAUCUUCUUUUGCUUGUAAUUUGAACUGUUUGAUCCAUUCCCAAAAUUUCAUUCUUGCCCCCACCUGCUGAAGGUGAAUGAAUGAAUACCCAGCCUGGCUUCACAACAUCUCAAGUGUUAAUCAACAUGCCAACGUUGCCCAUCUCUGUCCUGUGUUUCAGGGGCAAUGAAGUAUCUUUUGUCUACAAGGAUCACCCUCUUUGAUUUGUCUAUUUAUACUGUAGCAGAGGACUCCUCACCGGGAUGUACGAAUGGGUGUUUGUUUUUCUUUUGGAAUGUACAGAUGUCAGUUCAAUUUCUAAUUAAAUAUGUUUGUGUCCA